GUGAUUCUUUACCCUCCCAUUUUUGUUCUGUUACUUCAUAUUGUCCUUCUCUCAUCAUGUCUGACGCUAAAUACUUCACUACCACAAAGAAAGGUGAAUUGGCAGAGUUGAGAGCUGACCUCCAGGGAGACAAGAGAGAUAAGAAGAAAGAUGCCAUCAAGAAGAUCAUUGCUAACAUGACGGUCGGGAAGGAUGUCAGUUCCUUGUUCCCUGACAUUGUCAAUUGCAUGCAAACUGACAACCUUGAGCUCAAGAAGCUGGUCUAUCUCUACCUCAUGAACUAUGCCAAGUCUCAGCCCGACCUGGCAAUAUUAGCUGUCAAUACAUUCUCAAAGGAUUGUGAAGAUCCUAAUCCUCUCAUUCGGGCACUGGCCGUUAGGACGAUGGGUUGUAUCAGGGUGGAUAAAAUAACUGAAUAUCUCUGUGACCCACUGAGGAAAUGUUUAAAGGAUGAGGAUCCUUAUGUGAGGAAGACAGCCGCAGUCUGUGUUGCCAAGUUACACGAUAUCAACUCUCAACUGGUUGAAGAGCAGGGAUUCCUUGACCUACUCAGGGAGCUACUCUCAGACUCUGUUCCCAUGGUCGUUGCUAAUGCUGUUGCUUCUCUAGCUGAGAUCAGCGAGACGUCUCCUGCAGCUGCUGAUCUCGGGGAAUUAGACACGCCUGCUAUUAAUAAACUCCUGACUGCUCUUAAUGAGUGCACUGAAUGGGGACAAGUCUUUAUACUGGACUCUAUUUCUAAUUAUCACCCGUCGGAGGAGAGGGAGGCUCAAAGUAUUUGUGAGAGGGUCACUCCUAGAUUAUCUCAUGCUAAUGCAGCUGUUGUCCUUUCGGCAGUUAAAGUUCUCAUGCAAAUGAUGGAUAUACUACCUCAAGACUCCGGCUACCUACAAGGACUCACACGUAAACUAGCCCCGCCCCUUGUUACGUUGUUGUCAACUGAAGCUGAGAUACAGUACGUAGCAUUGAGGAACAUUAAUCUUAUAGUUCAGAAACGCCCCGAGAUCCUUCGUGAUGAGAUUAAGGUUUUCUUUGUUAAGUACAACGACCCGAUAUACGUGAAGCUGGAGAAACUGGAUGUCAUGAUACGACUCUGUACUUCACAAAACAUUUCAAGCAUCCUAUCAGAACUUAAAGAGUAUGCGACUGAAGUUGAUGUAGAUUUUGUUCGUAAGUCAGUUCGUGCCAUUGGACGCUGUGCCAUUAAAGUUGAAUCUUCAGCUGACAAGUGUGUCUCCACUCUAGUGGAUCUGAUACAGACUAAAGUGACUUAUGUAGUGCAGGAGGCCAUUGUUGUUAUCAAGGAUAUUUUCCGUAAGUACCCAAACCAGUACGAGGGUAUCAUAUCAACACUCUGUCAGAACUUGGACUCACUUGAUGAGCCUGAUGCAAGGGCAUCAAUGAUUUGGAUAUUGGGAGAAUAUUGUGACAGAAUUGACGAAGUUGAAGAAAUACUUGGUUCCUUCCUUGAAGGGUUUCAAGACGAGAAUCCUCAAGUUCAACUCCAACUACUGACAGCUGUUGUGAAACUCUUUCUCAAGAAACCAACAACAACCCAAGAGCUGGUUCAGAUGGUUCUCACUAAAGCCACUCAGGACACUGAUAACCCUGACCUACGGGACAGAGGCUACAUAUACUGGAGACUCCUCUCCACUGACCCAGCAGCUGCUAAGGAGGUGGUACUAGCUGAGAAACCUGUCAUAUCGGAGGAGACUGACCUUCUGGAACCCUCCCUUCUGGACGAGCUCUUGUGUCACAUUUCAACUUUAGCUUCAGUUUAUCACAAACCUCCUUCAGCCUUUGUGGAGGGUAAGAUACCAGUGAGGAAGAUAACACUGGACAAGAGACCUCAGCAGUCGGAGUCAGAGACUACAGAGGAUCAACCUCCUGAGCAAUUGUCUGCAGUGUCUAGUGAUACUCAGCCGACGCCCCCCCAGGACCCCCAGGAUCCUGGGACUGGGGACCUCCUCGGGGACCUACUCUCUCUUGACUUACCCUCUUAUAAUGCAGCCCCGCCCACUAUCGGUGGAGGAGGAGGUUUGGCAGAGUUUGAUAUGUUAUCUGGUGGAAUAGGAGGUCUUCAAUUGGGUGGUCCUCUUGGUGGUGGUAUGGUGACGGCCCCGCCCCCAGCCUCAAUGGCAGGGCUGGGUAUGGACUUCUUCUCCUUAUCUGCCCCAGCUCCUCAACCAAACAACUUAGUAGCACCUAAAACAGUUUGGCUCAAUAGCACUCAAGGGAAAGGUCUUGAGAUAUCGGGUACUUUUGCUCGAAGAAACGGUAAAGUAUUUCUAGACGCCACCUUCACUAACAAAGCACUGGGGCCCAUGUCUGACUUUGCUAUCCAGUUCAACAAAAACAGUUUUGGAUUGGCUCCUGCUGCCCAGCUGUAUGUCCAAAGCCCUCUCUUUCCUAACCAGCCAUUUAACACAUCUCUUGAACUGGUUACUGGAGGUGUGGUGAUGCUAAUGAAUCCUCUUGAUCUCCUUCAGGUUGCUGUCAAGAACAAUGUGGGCGUGUUUUAUUUCAGCUGCAAUAUUCCCGCCUACACACUGUUUGUUGAAGAUGGGAAGAUGGAUCGUAAAGUGUUCCUCUCCUCUUGGAAAGAGUUGCCUUCGUCUAAUGAGGUCCAGAAAACUCUCAGCUAUCCUUUGGCAGAUCUUGACUCAGUUAAAACUAAACUUGAGGCCAACAAUGUCUUCAUUAUUGCUGAGCGUACGGUUGGAGAGGAUAUGCAGGUGCUACUGUAUGUGUCUACUAAGCUGAUAAAUGGACUCACUGUCCUAGGGGAACUGAAGAUACUUAGAAAUGGACAGACUACAUUGUCUCUCAAGACUAAUGCUAUGAAUGUUGUUCCUUUGGUCCAGUCUUCUCUUGACGCCAUUUUGAGUCAGUAGUUCUGGCCACGCCUCCUUGUUGAUCUUAAUAACUAUUAAUUAACUAGUUUAGGAUAUUUCAUUAGCUGCUUUGUUAGUUUUCAUUAGUUUUAUUAGUAGUAUUAUGCCACACCCCUUUUAUUGUUAACGACCAUUGUAAACCAA